AUGAUCAAAGAUCUAGCUGUGGACCUUAACAGCAGAGUUCGGGAUGAGAUAGUCAAAGCGCUACGAGCUAUUCCAAAGAAACUCAUACGAAAACGAAACGACAAGUUGAUGGACUACGAAGCUGCAAAGUCUAGCAAUAAAAUGGCAAGUACUUCUCUAGCAUUCGAUCGUCUCGUUUCUUUUCAUGAUGAAAUCGCCAUUUUUGUUCAGAAAUCGGAUUUCAUGUCGAAGUUCAAAGACUUCGAAGCUUUGAAUAAUCAGGUCAAGCAGACUUUGCCCAAAGUCAUCGACGUGCUGAAUUCAGUUUUACGGGAUGCGAUGAAAACUGUGGAUGAGUUGGAUAACAACCUGAUUUCUCGGAUCCGUUCAAAAUUUCAAGAAGAAAUCGCUGCUUAUCAAAACGAUCCUUUGGCUAGUUCUUCACGUUUGAUUGUGCCCGGGAUGAGCUGCUUCGCAAACUAUUACGAUCCUGAUAGGCUGAAACCUCUUCACAACAUCGUCAACAAGGUGUCACGUUUGAUUGUGCCCGGGAUGAGCUGCUUCGCAAACUAUUACGAUCCUGAUAGGCUGAAACCUCUUCACAACAUCGUCAACAAGGUGGCUUCGAAGUCAGUGCGCCUGAACAGUGUAACCUUAUCUCCUACUAAGCAAAAAAGUAACGAGGCUGAAGACAUCCUCACAAAGAGUGGUACGAAUGAUUGGAAGGGAAUAGGUGGAGAAAGUCUUGAUUCAGCCCAAAGCGCGGCUUCUCGUACUCUACCAGGAAAAAAGGCUUUCCGUGCCCAAACGGAAGAAGAACGAUCGCAAAUUCUCGUCAAAGCUGACCUCAAAAAUCGCCGUGGUGACAUCUACCGAUGUAUGUCUGAAUGGCCUACUUCUGUAGAAGCCUUAGAGCUGAACAAAGCGAGUGGAAAAAUGUUGAUUGUCCAGCCAGGUGAUGCUGUGCUGGCUGUGCGAAAAGACCCAUGCAACAUGUGGUAA